AACCGAAAAUAUAUACACAAACAUGGCGACAAGACAGACAGUGAAGAUGCUGUUCCAUCUACGGAGGACAAUAUUCUUGUUAUUUAUCUUCGCUCCCCGUACAAUUUCCUCAACUCUUCGUCUCCAUCCAGACCAGCAGUUCAUGCUUCCUCAUCAUAAGGGAUUUUCUUUGAUUAACGCAAAAGAGGUAUUCCUGCAGGGAAUAGGCGCGGAGGCUCAACGAAGAGCAGCCCGUAAUGCGAAAGAAGACGGAGCGGCCGCUGGCGCUUAUCAGCAUCGCAGUCGGCGGAGUGCUGUAGAAUCACCCGUGCCAAAGGUGUACGGACAGGCCAACCUGAACGACUCCCACAACCAGAUGGUAGUCCACUGGGCUGGAGAGAAGAGCAACGUGAUCGUAGCCCUGGCGCGAGACAGUGCAGGAGCCACCGGGCCCAAAACCAGUUCAGUAUACGUGUCCUAUGACUAUGGGAGCAGCUUCACCCUGAUCUCAGACCUCUUCCAGCUGGGCGCACCAGCCCAGAAGGACAGCAAGCAGGUCAUCUCCCAGUUCUACCACAGCCCCGCGGACAAUAAAAGGUACCUGUUUGCAGACACCAUCAACAACUACCUUUGGAGCACGUUUGACUUCUGCCGGAGGGUGCAGGGCUUCCCGGCUCCCUUCAAGCCCUCAGACCUGCUUCUGCACAGCCGGAAACCCAACCUGGUGCUGGGUUAUGAUGGAUCCCACCCCAACAAGCAGCUGUGGAAGUCUCAGGACUUUGGCCAGACAUGGAUUCUGAUUCAGGAGCAUGUGAAGGCCUACUUCUGGGGCGUGGAGCCGUACGACCCCCCCACCACAGUCCUGGUCCAGAGGCACGAGCCCCAGGGGGGGUCCUCCAUCCUCAGCAGCACAGACUUCUUCCAGAGCGAGCAGAACCGACGGAUCAUCCUGGAGCAGGUGGACAGCUUCCAGCUCCGAGACAAGUACAUGUUCGCCACCACCACUAGGACAUUGUUUGGCAGUCAUGAAUCUUCGUCUGUCCAGCUGUGGGUCUCCUACAACCGCCAGCCAAUGAAAGCUGCCCAGUUCAUGACCCGUCAUCCAAUCACAGAGUACUACAUAGCAGAUGCGUCUGAGGACCAGGUGUUUGUGUGUGUGAACCACCAGAACAACGUGACCCACCUGUACAUCUCCGACAGCCAAGGUCUGUCCUUCUCUCUGUCCCUGGAGAACGUUCUCUACUACAGCCCUGAGGGCUCUGGCAGCAACACACUCAUCAGGUACUUUGCCAGUGAGCCGUUUGCAGACCUGCACCGUGUGGAGGGUCUGAGGGGUGUGUUCAUCGCCACGCUGGUCAACGGCUCUCUAAGCGAGGACAACAUGCGCUCGGUCAUCACCUUCGACAAGGGGGGCACCUGGGAGCUGCUGCCCCCCCCCACCUCAGACAGCCUGGGGGGUACGGUGGACUGCAAGCUGUCCCGGGGCUGUUCCCUCCACCUGGCCCAGAGGUGGAGUCAGCUGCUCAACCUGCAGCUGCGCCGCAUGCCCAUCCUCAGCAAGGACUCUGCCCCAGGACUCGUAAUGGCCACAGGCUCUGUGGGCAGUAACCUAGCCAACAAGGCUAAUGUUUAUGUGUCCAGCAGUGCUGGGGCCCGCUGGAGAGAGGCUCUGGCUGGCCCCCACUUCUACACAUGGGGCGACCACGGGGGGCUGCUCAUGGCCAUCGCUCAGGGGGGGUCCACCAUGAACCUCAAGUUCAGCACCAACGAGGGGGAGACCUGGACAGACUUCCAGUUUUCCGACAGGGAGGUGUACGUCUACCAGCUGCUGACGGAGCCCGGCGAGAAGAGCACCAUCUUCACCAUCUUCGGCUCCUACGCUGACCAGCACCACAGCUGGCUCAUCCUGCAGGUCAAUGCCAGCGAUGUGCUCGGUGUGCCCUGUGCUGAGGGGGACUACAAGCUGUGGUCUCCGUCAGACGAGCGUGGGAACGACUGCCUGCUGGGGAAGGAGAUGGUGUACAAGCGCCGCACGCCACACGCCACCUGCUUCAACGGAGAGGACUUCGACAGGCCCGUCACCGUGACAAACUGCUCCUGCACUCGGCAGGACUACGAGUGUGACUAUGGCUUCAAGCUCAGUGAGGACCUGUCCCUACAGGUGUGUGUACCUGACCCCGAGUUCUCAGGGAACCUGUACGCCCCACCUGUGCCCUGUCCUGUGGGCACCACCUACCGCCGCAGCAAGGGGUACAGGAAGGUGCCUGGUGACAGCUGUAGUGGAGGAGAUGUGGAGACCAGGCUGGAUGGAGAGAUGCUACCCUGUCCUGUGGGAGAGAGUACUGAGUUCAUCCUGUAUGCGGUGAGGAACUCCAUCCACCGCUACGACCUGCUGACAGGCACCGACCAGCCUCUGCCCCUGACGGGGCUGCGUGAGGCCGUGGCGCUGGACUUUGACUACGACAGGAACUGCCUGUACUGGGCCGACAUCUCCCUGGAUACCAUACAGCGUCUCUGUCUGAAUGGCAGCACAGGACAGGAAGUGGUCAUCAGAAAGGACCUGCAGAAUGUGGAAGCAUUGACCUUUGACCCCAUCAGCAGGCUUCUGUACUGGGUGGACGCGGGGGCACAGAAGAUCGAGGUGUCCAACCCAGAUGGGGACCUGCGCCACACUCUGCUCAACUCCUCUGUCCUGGAACACCCCCGAGCCCUGGUCCUGCUGCCUGGAGAGAGUCUGAUGUUCUGGACGGACUGGGGCGACCACGCAGCCGGCGUGUACCGCAGCUUCAUGGACGGCUCCAACGUGAGCUGCAUCGUGUCGGAGGGCGUGCGCUGGCCCAACGGCAUCACGGCGGACGAGCGCUGGCUGUACUGGACGGAGGCGUACGGAGACCGCAUCGAGCGGGCGGACUUCAGCGGCGGCCAGCGCAGUGUGGUCAUGGAGGGGCUGCCGCACCCCUACGCCAUCGCCGUCUUCAAGAACGACCUGUACUGGGAUGACUGGUCCAGGAUGGGCAUCUUCAAGGCUCCCAAGGCCGGCUCCCAGAGCAAUGAGCUGAUAGUGGGCCGUCUGACCGGGGUCAUGGACCUGAAGAUCUUCUACAAGGGCAAGGCCCGAGGACAUAAUGCGUGUGUGGACCUGCCCUGCAGCCUCCUCUGCCUCCCCCAGCCUGGGCACCGCCACACCUGUGUCUGCCCCGACGGAGUCCCCUCCACCCCCCUGCCCAGCGGCCAGCUGCGGUGCCAGUGCCCCCCCAACUACCAGCUGGUCAACAACACCUGCGUCAAGACUGAGCACAGCUGCCAGCCUAACCAAUACCAGUGCUCCAACGGCCGCUGCAUCAGCAGCAUCUGGAAGUGUGACAGCGACAACGACUGCGGAGACAUGAGCGACGAGCUGGAGUGUCCCACCACCACCUGUGACCCGUCCAUCCAGUUCCGCUGUGUGGCCUCGGGCUCCUGCAUCCCCCUGGCAUUCAAAUGUGACCACGAGGACGACUGUGGUGACAACAGUGACGAGGAGCACUGUGAUAGCCACCAGUGCGGCCCAGGAGAGUUCACGUGUGACCGGGGCGUCUGCAUCCGGGAGGCUUGGCGUUGUGAUGGAGACAACGACUGCAGGGACUGGUCAGAUGAGGCCAACUGUACAGUGGGGCACCACACGUGCGAGGCCAGCAGCUUCCAGUGCCACACAGGUCACUGCAUCCCUCAGCGCUGGGUGUGUGACGGAGAUGACGACUGCCAGGACGGCUCCGACGAGGAGAGCGUGCACUGUGAGGGCAAACACUGUAAUGGCUUCCUGUGCUCCAACGAUACCUGUCUACCUGCCAGCGCCCACUGCAACGGCGUCCAGGACUGCCCAGGGGGCGCCGACGAGCAGCACUGUGACCCCCUGUGCACUCGUUACAUGGAGUUUGUGUGUCAGAACCGGGCCCAGUGUCUGUUCCAGUCCCUGGUGUGUGACGGGAUCAGACACUGCGAGGACGGCUCAGACGAAGACCCGGGUUACGCCGGAUGUGCCGCGCCCUCCGAGUUUGGGAAGGUGUGUGACGCGUACAUGUUCCAGUGCUCCAACGGAGUGUGUGUGAGUCUCCGCUGGAAGUGUGACGGCACGGACGACUGUGGAGACUACUCUGACGAAGCCAACUGUGACUCCCCUACAGGGCUGCCGGGCUGCAUGAGCUCUCAGUAUGAGUGUGCUAACGGACGCUGUGUCCCCAACUGGUGGAAAUGUGACGGGGAGAACGACUGUGGAGACUGGUCUGAUGAAGCCCACUGCACAGGAGAGGAGAUCCCCCAGACCCCCGACCCCCGCCCCUCCUCCUGCGCCCCCAACAGGUUCCACUGUGGCUCCGGCGCCUGCAUCAUCAACACGUGGGUGUGCGAUGGCUACGCAGACUGCCCUGAUGGCAGUGAUGAGCUGGGCUGCCCUACAGCAGCCAAGGGCACAGUGCCUGCAGCCUCCACCCAAGCCCCGCCCCAACCAGGGCGCUGCAGCCAGGGCCAGUUCCUCUGCCUCAGACCCCCCCACUGCAUCCCCGACUGGCAGCGAUGCGAUGGACACCCCCACUGCCAGGACGGCUCAGACGAGGCCCACUGUCCGACGCGAGGGCCACUGUGGUGCGUGAACGGGACUCGCUGUGCGGACGGCGAGGCGUGUGUGCUGGAGAGCGAGCGCUGUGAUGGCUUCAUGGACUGCUCUGACCACAGUGACGAGGACAACUGCAGCGCCGACUCCCUGGUCUAUAAGAUUCAGAACCUGCAGUGGACGGCAGACUUCUCUGGUGACGUCACUCUGACCUGGUCACGCCCCAAAAACCUCCCGCCCGCCUCCUGCUACUUCCUCAUCUACUUCAGGCUGGUGGGGAUCCAGCAGUGGACCAUCAUGGACACCCACAGCAACAAGAGCAGCGCCCGGCUCAGUCUCCUGAAGCCGGACAGCAGCUACCAGGUGAAGGUUCUGACCCAGUGCCUCAACAAGCUGCACAAGACCAACGAGGUGCUCACACUCAGGACGCCUGAGGGACUGCCAGACCCGCCUAGAAACCUGCAGCUGUCAUGUGACAGGGGGGAGGAGGGGAGUGUGCUGGUGUCCUGGAGCCCCCCAGACAAGACCCACGGACUGCUGAGGGAGUACAUCGUGGAGUACAGUGAUAGGAGCAGUGUGGAGUGGUCAUCUCUCAGAAGCACCACCGCCACUGUUGAAGUCAAGAACCUGCAGUCCAACACACUUUACAGCUUCAGGGUGUCAGCCGUGACCAGUCGAGGAGUAGGAAACUGGUCCGAGGUCAAGUCCAUCACUCCUCAGAAAGCCCUCCCUCCUCCCUCUGUCAUUGCUGACAGCAUCACUAAUGACUCCAUGAGCUUCUCCUUCAGCUUCAACUCUGAGCACAAGGUGAAGCAGUACAUGGUGGUUCUCUCCUGGGAGUUCGACGCUCACGUGAAGGAGAGCAGGAACUUCACAGUGAUCUCUGUACUGAGAGCGGGGAGCCUGGCACCGGGGACCGUGUACGAGGUGGCAGUGUGGGCGCACACCAGCGUGGGCGACAGCCCCACAGCUCUGUCCAUGCAGCAGACCCUGGGGCCCCGCCCGGAGCCCCCGCUCCUCAAGGCCCGCGCCCUCAACCAGACCUCUGCAGACUGCAGCUGGAGCACCACAGGCCCCCCUGCACAGGUGUAUGGUGUGUUCUUUGCCACCUCCUUCCUGGACCUGUAUCGGAGACCACAUUGUGUGAACACGUCUGCCUCCAGCAUCACCUUGACUGUGGGCGGCAACGAGCAGUACCUCUUCCUGGUGCGGGCUGUGGCCCCCUACCUGGGCCCCCCCUCAGACUCGGUGGUGGUGCGGAUGAUCCCCAGCGAGCGCCUGCCCCCCAGGAACCUCCACAGGGUCCAUGUGGAGCAGACCCAGGCCCUGCUCAAAUGGCAACCCCCCUACGACUCCCCUAGCACCCCUCUGACAUAUGCGAUCAGUGUGAGGGACACCAUCCGUAAGACAGAGCACAGCUACAAGCUGGAGACCAAGAAUAACUCGGUGGAGUACAGGCUGGCAGGCCUGGAGCCUGGAGGACGCUACAGCGUCACCGUCAGGCUCAGGAACAUGAGCAAGGAGGCCAGCUACACUCUCAACACAGUACCUCUGCCUCCCCCUGAGGCUCUGAAGAUUCUGACAGAGAAGGACCACGCGUUCCUGUUCUGGAAGAGUCUGGCGGUCAGGGAGAAGGGCUUCAACGACAGCAGGGGCUAUGAGGUGCACGUGUACGACAGUGUGACCAACUCCAACACGUGUCUGGGGAACACCACAGAGACAUACUUCCGUAUCGGCAGCCUGCAGGCGGGACACAACUACACCUUCUCCGUCCAGGCCCGCUGUCUGCUGGCUGGCCAGCUGUGUGGGGAGCCAGCCCUGCUCCUGUAUGACCAGCUGGGCUCAGGUCCCAGCGAGGCGUCCCACAGCACGGCCAGGUCAGGUGACAUGGCGGCGGUGGUGGUGCCCGUGCUGUUCCUGCUGCUGCUGGCGCUGUGCGGCGGCAUGGUGGCGCUCUACCUGCGACACCGGCGCCUCACCAACAGCUUCACCGCCUUCGCCAACAGCCACUACAACUCACGCCUCGGGGCCGCCAUCUUCUCCUCUGGGGACGAGCUGGGGGAUGAUGAUGAAGAUGCUCCGAUGAUCAGUGGCUUCUCAGAUGACGUUCCCAUGGUGAUUGCAUAGCGCUCCACCCCCCCAUCCCUCCCACCUCCACCCCCCCACCCCCUACACACCUCCCUCCACCCUGACCAGAGUUAGAGGGCGCUCCUUGACUGUCAACCAAACGUGUGCGGGUUUCAGGAACACAGGACGACAAGUGAAAGAAGAUGAAAAUGAAAGAGAUAUUUUUUGAAAAUACGAUGCACUUUUUUUGGAUGCGCAAUAACUUAUUUUUUUAUAUAUAAUAUAUCUAUAUAUAUAUAUAUGGGUCAAUAUGGACUACGCUGGGAGGGGCGGAGUUCAAAGCAGGAAGUGAUUCAGGCGUUAGGGGAGGAGCUUUGCCGUGUGUCCCGCCUGGCUGGGUCAUCACUUCAAGCCAAAAUAAGAACCUGCCAACUGGAACGUCACCUAGCAACUGGAGCAUUCAACGGGGGGAAACAUUAUCUGUAUCCAUACACACAAAGUAUGAGAACAUUGUACACGGUGAAGUGAUGAUGUCAUUUUCCACAAACUAAACAAACGCAGUUUAGUCCAUUCAGUCAGGUCAGUCUGAUAGUAAAAGUAGCUACCUGAACAGGUACAGCCUCUUGCAGAGAGAGAGGAGGGUGACGAGGGUUGUUGUCGUCGUCAUGGUUUUCUGUUUGUCUGUCUGUGUAUGUCUGCCUGUUUGUCUGCACGUAUCAGAUCACUCCAGCUAUUGUUGAACACAUUGUGAUCCUUGUAACUGUUUAAUUUUAAACUACUGGCACACCAGAGGGGUGGGUUCUUACUAUAGGACCAUGUAGGACCAUGCAGUACUAGGUAGUACUAUGCAGUACCAUGUAGUAACAUGCAGUACUAGGCAGUACUUGUUGUAUGCAGUGCAAGGUAAUACCAUGCAGUGCUAGGUAGUACUAUUCAGUACUAUAUGACAUGCACUAUGUCAUGUUGAAACGUCAUGUUGAGAUUUUUCAAGAGCCAUGUUUCUUUAUGUAAUUCAUUGCUUUUAUUUUUAUUUAGAUGAAUGUAUUUUCUAUAUCUGUGAUUCUGAGGCUUUGAUAAUGUGGAAGCAGCCCAGACACCAGUGGUCUCUGAGCCCUGGGCCUGGACAGCCUCCCUUCUGGAGGCUUCAGCUCCAACCCUAAUCUAGCACACCUGAUUCUAAUAAUUACCCGGUUGACGUGUUGAAUCAUGUUGGGUACAACUGGGCUUGUAGUAAAGACGUACAUGGCGGCAGCUGUCCGGGAGCAGGUUUAGAGAGCCUUGUCGCCGGCGUGCUGUUGUCCUAGCCGUGCUCCGGCCCAGCUGUGCCCCGGCGCAUGCCGUCCUCAGUGGUGAAGUCCCGUCAUUCUGUUUACCACAUAUGCCUUAUUAAACCACUCUGGACCUUGCUGUAGGAUGAAACACACGUGCAUGCACAAACACUCUCACACACACACGAACACGCAUGCAUGCAAUACAGGCACUACCAGAUGUGCACACUCACACACACAACACAGUAUACGUUACAAAUACACUCACGGUACACAGUGUCCAUACACAUCAUUGUAGACACUUAAGGAGAGAGAGAGAGAGAGAGAGGGAGAGAGAGGGGGGGUGAUGGAGAGGAGGUGUGGGAAGAGAUGCAGGGUGGAAGUGAUAAACAGAGAAGAGAAGACAUACUUCUAUUUAGUGUAAAGUCCCUAAUGCUGAACAGACCAGCUCUGUACAGCAGACACAUGCCCACAUGACUUUCUCCCUGUCAAGUUUUAACACUUGUCUUGUACAAAAUAUGAUUACUGGGUAUUGUGUGACGGUUUUUCCCCUGGUGUCUAAUUGUCAAUGAAUUAAUUUGUUGUAAGAUAGUAUGCUUAAAAAUGUUUUUUUGCACAAAUAAUGUGUAAAUGAUGAAACUGUUACACAUGGUCAUACUUGGAGAUAUUCUUGCUUGCUGAUGGAGGGUAUGUUGGGUGUGACAGGUACUGAAGCUUGGUUUGAGGUGUUAUGCUGAAAUAAACUGUCUGAAAAUGUGA